CUCUCUCUCUCUCUUCCUCUUCAUUUCUUCUUUCCUCCCCGGACUGAGCAAGAGAAGAUGCAAAAGGAAAGUCUGGAUCCUGGGAUGCUCACUGGAGCUACUGGAAAGAGAAGGACAAGAGCAGGGAGGACUGGCCAAGCAGAGUGACCUCCCUCCUCUGUUCCCUCCCCUGCCAAAGGCUUUAGGUCUUUUAGAGGAGUCCAGCAUGAAGCCCAGAAGAAGAGCAGCCAGGCAAACCAGUCCGGAGCUGAAGAGGGAAGAUGCCAACAUCUCCUGUCCUUUAGGGGACUUGUCUGCUGCUGGGGUCUCCAAGAUGCAUCCAAUUUGGAUUUGAAUUCUGUCCUUCUCCUCCAAGAUCUCCAGGAUGCAUCCAGCCUGGAUUUGAACCCUGUCCUUCUCUUUUAAGGUCUCUAGGAUGCAACCAGCUUGGAUGUGAACCCUGUCCUUUUCCUCCAAGGUCUGCAGGAUGCACCCAGCCCAUAUCUAAACACCAUCCUUUUCCUUCUCCAGGAUGCAUCCAGUCUGGAGUUGAACUCUGUCCUUCUCCUUCAGGGUCUCCAAGAUGCACCCAACGUGGAUUUGAACUCUGUCCUUCUCCAGAAUCUCCAGAAUGCACCCAGGAAACUCAGAAGUGAUGGGACCCUUAUCCCUCACCAUACCACCUCACGAGAGGACUUCCAGAGGAGCAGAGUCCAAUACAAGCAUGCCCAGGGCACCUACCACUGCCACCGCCAUCACUCAGUCCAGGAUGGAAAACUUCCAGAAGGUCAAGACGUCGGAAGAGGAGAGCUCACUGCCCUUCUCAGGCUUGCCCUCAGAUGUGGUGGAGAUGAAGGUGAAGGAGGGUAGCAAGAUCCGCAACCUGAUGGGCUUCGCCAUGGGCAGGAUGGCGCUGGACGAGACCCGGCAGAUUGUCUUCAGUGGCUGUGGCCGGGCGGUCACCAAGACCAUCACCUGCGUGGAGAUCAUGAAGAGGAAACUUGGUGGUCUCCACCAGGUCACCAAGGUGCAAUACAAGACCCUGCUGGAAGUCUGGGAGAACAAGGACCCUCGGCCUGAGGGCCAAGCAGAGCACCUCACUGUCCACAAAAACGUGCCCUCCAUCUGCAUCCUCCUUUCCAAAGACCCACUGGAUCCCAACCAGAUGGGCUACCAACCCCCUGAACCUCCAGAGGGGUUGUGGGCCAAUGAAGGUGGCAACAGUGAAGAUGGAUCUAGAGAUAUGUGUGCAAAGGGAAUCAAGAGAAGGUUCACUGUGACCCAAGGAGAGGACCAGGGGAGCAAGCGGGGAGCAGGGGAACAAACUAUGGCCCAUAGAGAAGACCAAGGUACAGGAGAUCCAGGAGGACUUGGGGACCAAGGUGGGUUAUGGAUGCUGACAAUGCCCCCCUCCUGACCCAUAUUAAUCUGAGAAACCCCAAGCCAUAUGUUACCUAUACAGGGAUGACGAAUUAUAUGCACAAAUACACACCGAUACCAGGAAGGCACUCUAGAUGUGUAGCUGUUUUGCAGUCCAAUAAAAGGGUCUGGAUGCAGCCUGUUCCUGCUUUUGUCAUGAAUGGCCUUGUGUGGUGUAGUUCCUUUUGCCUGUGCAAAGGAAAACUUAGCUUGGAAGACACCCCAUCUAUUCCCAGUUUCUGUCUGCUUGACAGGUAGCUUUGUGGAGCAGGAAACUCAGCUGCACAACCCCAACAGGUGA